AUGACUAGGAUUUACUCUCAAGCAUCUUGUGUCAUUGCGUGGACUGGUGAUUUUGCGGAUAACAGUGACGAGGCUGUGAACAUUAUCAAAGCCCUAGGGAGGCUUCUGACGCAUGCCGACUUGGACGAGAUAUACCGGGUUGAAGGAGAGAAUCUGCUAGGCCGUCUCGACAGAAUAGGAUUCCGCACGACGGAAAUGCCAUGGGACGCUCUCUGGGCAUUCUUCGAGCGGCCAUACUGGAGCCGAGUAUGGGUGAUCCAAGAACUAGCCGUCCGAGGAAUAGAAACAUGGCCCUGUACAUUCUAUUGCGGCGCCUCAAGAUUCGAUAUGAGAGAAUAUGCACUCACUUGUGGCUUACUAAUUUACCUGUUCUUGGAGUCAGGGAAAAUGAUCGACUUUGCUACAGGCGAGGUGCCAGAACCAUUAGGUUCCAUGUUUCGCCGAAACAACGGCCACCCUCCAGGAGUCAACAUGCUACAGGUGAUAUCAGCCUUCAAUGGGGCGAUCACGAGAGCUGAUCCGCCUAAGAUACAGUUCCUGCUUUACGUUACCAGAAAUUACCAGGCCACAGAUGAAAGAGACAAGCUCUACGCUUUGUUGGGCUUGGCACGGAAUGAAGACCAAAUCUUCCUGCCCAAUUAUUCAAGACCGCUUCGCAGAACAAUGAUGGAGUUUGUCAAAUUCUUGGUCGAGCGAGAUAAGGAUUUGAGAUAUCUUGAGAUCAACAUGAACAGAAGAACCAUCUGCUCAUCUGUCCCGAGCUGGACAUUUGAAGUUCACAGUCAACACCAUGCUCUCGACAUGUGGGGGACCAUGUUGUUCGACGACCAAACUUGGCAGGCAUCGAAAGGAGUGGAUACGGACGUGCAAUUCGAUAUGGAAACGGAAUCAAUGAUUGUCACGGGUGUUCCAAUAGGCAAUAUUGGAUUUGUCAUCGGGCCGAUGCGAGACCUAGAGAAACUCCCUCCCGGCAGCAAUCCAGCCAACUUCAGGCAGCUAGUCGAGGACCUCGGUCAGGGUGAAUUUGUGAGCAGCCUAAUGGCGUAUGCAUCGAGCCUAUACGGAGACGCAUUCGAGACCUUUUGGCGAACACUCAUCCUGGACUUGGAUUCGGACGCACCCUUUGGGGUGAACAUCUCUCCUGCCCGUGACGAGUUCGGUGUGAGGGGCCGGGUAUACCUCACAAAGGAAGCGCUGCCCGCGGGAUUUCUACCCGAUAUUCCCUUUCAUAUGAGAUACAAGGAGUAUACAAGGCCGUUCUAUGAAAAAGCAGGCAGAGCCCUUAGUAAUCGCACGUUUUUCACAACUGAGAAUGGGUUUUCAGGCGUUGGGCCGUACGACACCCAACCUGAAGACGUGGUUGUUGUGCUCUACGGCUCACGGCGAUGCACAGUUUUGCGCCCCGAUGGGGAUUUCUACCGGGUCGUAGGCGACGCAUAUGUGUACGGAGCAAUGAGGGGCGAAAUGGUACAAGGUCUGGAUGUUGAUGAGAGGGUCUAUGUGCUCCGAUAA